AUGAACCAGAACAAUGUUGAAUUCCGCCGCAAAGCCACGACGCCCGGCUCCGACUCGGUCACGGCAAACCUCAUGUCGCGCGACACCUUCACCCUCGACGAGCCCGUCCCCAAGACGCCCACGGCGAACAACCACGGCUUCUUCGAGCUCCCCAUCCAGGACCAGAAGAACUUCCUGCUCCUGGUCCUCCUGUAUUUCCUGCAGGGCAUCCCCAUGGGUCUUGCCGGCGGUUCUGUCCCCUUCCUUAUGAAGGACCACAUGUCCUACAGCGAAAUCGGCAUCUUCAGUCUCGCCUCGUACCCGUACUCCCUCAAGCUCUUCUGGAGCCCCAUCGUCGACGCUGUGUGGAGCCCAAGCUUUGGCAGGAGGAAGAGCUGGAUCCUGCCCAUCCAGAUGCUGUCGGGCAUUGGCAUGCUCUGGCUCGGAUCGACCAUCAUGUGGGGCGUCCUCAAGCUGAAGAACAUCCAGACCAUCAUCGUCGUCCACCUCAUCGCCAAGAUUGGCUUCCAGGCCAACGACGCCGUCACCAACCUCAAGCUGAUUGACAAGGGCUUCGGGCAGGAGAACAUGGCCCUGACGGUCCUCAUUGACUUCCCCUUUGAGAUUGUCCUCGGCUACUACGCCGGUAACUGGUCUCAGAGAUACACGCCCAUGCGCCUCUGGUGCUGGGCCUUUGUCGGACGUCUCGCUGCCGCGGUGCUAGCCCAGAUCACCGUCGCCAUCUUCCCCGCCGGCGGUGUCACGGGCUGGUACAUGCUCGUGGUCAUUGCCGAGCACAUCUGGUCCACCUUUACCAACACGGUCAUGUUUGUCGCCGUCUCCGCCUUCCACGCACGCGUCUCAGACCCCGCCAUUGGUGGCACCUACAUGACCCUGCUGGCCACGGUGUGCAACCUCGGCGGCACGUUCCCCCGCUUCUUCGUCCUCCGCCUCGUCGACUACUUCACCGUGGCGACCUGCCACCCGGGCAACGCCCCGGACCUCGAUGCCCUCAAGGGCCCCGUCGUCACGAGCCCCUUCUCCUGCUCGCUGCAGGCUGACAAGGAGCGCUGCGUCAAGGGCGGCGGCACCUGCACCAUGGUCCAGGACGGCUACUACAUUGUCAACGUCAUCUGUGUCGCCCUCGGCCUAUUGACCUUCGUCCUGUACAUCCGCCCCCGCGUGCUGCACCUGCAGUCCUUACCCAUGCGGCCUGGCGGUUAG